AUGGCUGCCAUUUUGAAUGGAUUUCUACCAGUAAGAAGGAGGGACCAAUUCGCUCAAGAGAAGAUCUUAAAUACGAGAUGGGGUGAUGCCACGAUCAGUGCACCCAUUCAUGGAGGAUGGAACGACAAUCCCAUUUCACAACAAGAGAGUCCAAAUCCUGACCAGGACCUGCCACUAACACCCCCGCAAAUUCAGAACGAACGAGAAGGCGUCUACAUCAUUCGUGACGGUGACGAUGCUCAUUCACAGCAAGACUGGGACGACGAGACCACCACCAAAGUCAGAGACAACUUCACCAUAACUAUUCCCUUGCCAUGGAAGAAGAAGAUGAAACAGAACCGAAGAUCGAUUGGCAGCAAUGUUCUCAAGCCUCAAGGGACAUUCAUACAGAGGAUAGAGCCUAUGCCACUCCUAGCCACAGCCGAAGCUGCAGCCACCAUCCCUCUACCCGACAGUCGUGUGUCCAGUCCUAUCGGUCGAUCAACGACCACUUCUCCAGUUCUCUCCUUCCGUAGUCGACUAGCAAGUCCUAGCAUGGGCGACAUUCUCAGCCCGGUUGCAGAAGGAUUUGCAAAAGAUGGACCAAGCACAAGUUCACGACCCACUCCUGUCCUCUCCACCCUUCAGUCUGCCGAGACUGUCCCAGUAGAACGACCAUCAACAGCAUCUUCCACACGAUCAAACCCGCCGAGACGCUCUUCCUUGACCUCUCAUCACUCCGAUGGUAUCGCCGCGGCAACAAUGACCUCACAAGCAACGAUGGAAGACUACUCAUCGGACGUGCAGAGACCACCAUCUCGUGGUAUUGGUGCGACAGCACACAUGCGAGCAUCAUCUCAUGUAUCGCGACCCAACUCUAGAGGCCCGAGGGCACCAUCAGUAGAACGAUUCACCCGCAGAGCACCUUCAGUAGAACCAGUGAGUGAACUCGCUGAACCUCCAGCUAUCGACCCAACCCCAGUCUUUCAAGGUGUGCUGAACCUUGAGCCACUCCGUCGCCGAGCACCGUCAGUCGAGCCGCUACGCAGAAGAGCACCUUCACUGGAGCCUCACGCUCGACGAGCACCAUCCAUCGAACCAGUUCCUAGGAGAGCUCCCCCAGCAGAUCCAUUCACCAGACGAGCUCCAUCAGUCGAGACUAUUAGCACUAGGCGCGCACUGUCGCGAGAACCCCGUGGAAGAAGAGCUCUCUCCAUCGAGCCCCGACCUCGAGUACGGUUUCAUUCAGAGGCAGCACCUAAACCCGCUCGCCGUCAUGAUUCUUUCUCGAGCAAUGACGGCUCAAUCGAUUCUGAGUCCGACAAUGCUGGACUUCUGGAGACAGAUAACGCCCUGCCCAAUACUGUACGAUUCGAUCGUGACUACAAAUCUGUACGCAAACCAAUACGUCGCCGCAGUAUCGCGUCUCCCAUCUCUUCUCCCACGUCUGCGGCAUUCGGCAUCACGGAAGUUGUUGUUCCUUCUCCCUACAACUCUCUUUCGGCUCAAGUAGGUGUUGAGCCUGCCACACAAUCCUCAAUUCCGCAGCGUAACGCCCCUCGCAAUAGGUCUAAAUCACGAACUCGAGGACUUUAUGCAGACAUGCAUGAUGACUUUCGCCUCCUUGCUCGAGACGUAGCCAUGAGCACGACCACGCCUGCUGCUGUCACGUCUCCAUCCCUGACAGAUGCCUCUGCCGCUAUCUUGCCACAGUAUGGCCACAAUGUCCUCAAUGCAGCAAACCUACGCACGCCAUCUCCAGCACUAACAUCAAAUCCACCUACGUCACUCUCUUCCGGCAUCGCAGUAGCAGCGGCCCUCCGCAUUCAGCCUGAACCACAAGGCUACUCCUCUGACUCCUCUCUCACUGCCCUACCUUCCGUCUCGCAUGCCGGUCACCCUUCAACGGUCCAGCAACAGGCCGACAAUGCCAACGGCAAAGCAGUCCUCGCAGCCAUGGCUAGGGAGCGCAAAGAUCAGCUGAGACGAGAGGAACGCGAGCGAGCACGCGAGAAAGUAGCAAGGAAGCUGGAACACGAACGAGAAAGGGUCCUCGCGAACAGCGUCUUCAGUGACACAGAAAGCGUAGCGAGCGGCAGUAUGAGUGGUAGUGAGAAAACAAGGCGAGUGUAUGGCGGCAGCGUAGGGAGUGAAGCUGAGUGGCAGAGUCUGGCUAUCAAGAACAAGACUUUGGUUCCCAAUGCUGAAGACAUUUGGGGGUGA